CCCCUGGGCGGUAUCGUGGUGGAGGAAUCCCUGGUGGACUCCAGGGCGCCCGCGUCCCGCGUCCAGCUUGCUUGCUGCAGGCGGCACCGUGCUUUCCCUUUGGGUGGAAAUGCACUUUGCAUCUGGAGCACGGAGGGCCCGUCCCACCAGCUUCUGAUCCUAAAAGGACACCAUCAGCCAAUUACUGCUGUGGCAUUUGGGAAUAUGGCAAAUCCACGUCUCAUCUGUUCUGCAUCGCAAGAUUAUGUUAUCCUGUGGAACCUGGAUGAAUGCAGAGAGAAAGUACUUGAAAGGCUCCUUCCUCGAGGGGCUGUCCUGGGUACCCUUUUGGGAAAGGUGCGGUGUUUAAGGUUUAGUCCCGAUGACCGCCUGGCUGCCGUGUGUGCUGGAAGUAAAGUCCUCACGCUGGACACCGAGCCCAUCUUCCUUCACCGUGUCUCCCAGAGCCGGUCCAAACUGGCUGCGCUGGAGGGGCACCGGGGCCCAGGGACCGCGGGCGAGUUUUGUCCUUGGCAGACACACCGCAUCAUCUCCGUGUCCGAAGACCGAAGCUUCAGGGCCUCCACCCUCUGUCACCUGCAGCUGGCAGGUGAGCCGCUCUGUGCCCGCCGUUUCCAGUCUGUGAAACGGAAGCAGUGGCCCCAUCGCCGCAGGGCUUCCUCCCCGCUGCUCGGUCUCUUCCUGGACCAGCGCAGCCGACAGCCGGUCACCGGCUGUGCGGACGGCCAGCUUUGGAUCUUCAGUUUGGUUGAAGGACACCACUAUCGCUGUGUGACACACGUGGACCUGAGGAGGGAGAAGAGCGUCUCCAGCAGGAGGGCUGGGUCCCAGCCUCACAGCCAGCCGGUUUGUUCUGAGAAGGCCCACUGCGUGUGGAUCAGGAGUGCGACCGGCCUGUUCAUAGUUAACUUGGCGAGCUUUGACCUGGAAGCUGUUCUACGUUCCAAAGACUUCAGGAGCCUCAGGGUCUGAGUGGCUGGGUCGUGCACUGUGGCAAGUGGUGCCCAUGGUCGUGAGGACAGUCGGGAACCUGCAGUGACCGGCUUCCUCAGUGAGGUCUUGGCGUGGGGGCUCAGUGACUUGCGGGGUCCCUGCGGCCAUGGCUCCACCAGCAGGAGCUCUGAGCAGCGCUGCGGCACCCGGCGGCCUGUCUCUUGUUCCUGGUCGGCCAUGGUCAAGGCACGUGUGCUUGUCCCACAGGCCCUCUGCUUGCUCACGUCCCUGUUUGGGAAGAAGGUCGCCCUGGUGGAGAUCGACCCCACCGCCCUGCUGAGGUCUCAGCGGCGCCGCGACGUGGGCAGGACUCUCUCGGUGCUGCCGAGGUACCGUCCCCCGCGGAGGUUCCCUCCGGAGAACCCAGAUUCCUCUUCUCUGAGGAAGGGGAGUACAGUUGAGUCGACCCGGCUGUCCCAGCCCUGCUCGAGGAGCCGCUGCCAUGUCCGCAGCCUGCAGCUCGGCUCUGCUGGGUCAGCGCUGCGUUCUCGCUGCAGCUCCCGCGUCUCACCCACCUCUCUGCUGCAUCCUGGUCACGUGGAGGAGAGACGCACUGAGCAGGCGAGCGGGAGGCCGCCCGCUGCUCGGAGCGCCGUGAAGGACCACCCCCUGGUUUUCCACAGUCAGGUCCGGUCGUCCGGGUACGGGCCGCCCCGUGGAGGUAGACAGCGGCUGGCCUGUGGCUUAGCCUACCACUCCCUGCUCUUUGAUGCUGACCUCAUGGGGACGCCUGCUGUUUUUUCAGGUCACGGCGGGGCUGUGAGCACCGUGUGCUGGAGACACGACGGCAGGUGGCUGCUGUCCGCCCCCUCCCAGGACGAGCUGAGGGCGUGGUCGGCCCGCAGAACGGAGCUGGCACUGUGUCUGGGCAAAGACCAGCCUCCUCUGCCCGUUCAGUCGGCGCAGUUUUCCUACGUGGACACAUACACCUUGUUGUCCACGGGCCCCGAGCUUCAGCUGCUCGAGUGUCACUUCGACACCCGCAAGGACGACAUGAAGAGGCACAGACGGAGGAGCAGGGGCACGGCUGUCUUCCGGCUCGCCGUGACCGACACGGGAGAGAUCACCGGUUUAUCGGCAGUGAACGGCUUUCAUUCCUGCCUGGUGCUGGCUGCCGGGCGGAGCGGGGCCCUGCAGGCCUUCAACCUCGACGCCGGCUGCAGCGUCGCACUGGUGGCCACAGCCCACUCGCGUCCUGUCCACCAGAUCUGCCAGAAUACAGGAUCAUCAUUUGCAACACGACCACCCCAGGCUUAUAAUCUUUUUGCCAUCACAGCCGUUGGUGACGGGAUAAGACUGUGGGACCCGAGGGACCCUGCGGUAAUGCUCUUUCCAUUCUCAGAUUGCAGUCGGGGUGAAGCUGGGGAGAAAGUGUACAGUGUAUCAUUAUUAAGGUGUGAGCACCGCUGCUUCCCUUGUGGAAUUGCUUUCAGCCCUUGUGGCCGGUGCGUGGCGAGUGGCGCCGAGGACACACACAUGCUUGCCACCGGGGGUGCGGUCUCCACGCGGAGGGUCUCGUUCUCGUGUGGACGGCUCGUACUGCUGCACGUCAGGACGGAAGUGGACUUCGGGGUCGACUGGGGCCGGUGUUUUAAUAACAGUAACACUCGACGUGUGACAGGCCUUCAUGGGUGUUUUUUUUUUGAAACCCCGCACAGCAGCCGAGAUGAGGAAACGCCCAGCACUUGCUGGCGGCUGAGUGGACAAGACGACGUGCGGGUACGCGUAGCGGAAGGGUAUCACCGGCUGUCCACCUGCGAUGUUGCAGCUGUGGCGCUGCUGCCCGCCGUGGGGGCACGUGGUGAGACCAGUGCGCCAGUCCGGCGACCCACCGUGCUCCGUCUGCCGCGGGAGGUGGCAGGGGACCGGCAGAGCUUGUCACUCUGUUUGCCGCGGUUUCUGCCGCAGACCUUGCUGGAGUUGGGACUUGCAGGUGAGGUUGGACACGAAGUCUGCACUCCUCCCUUAAGAUCCGUCCUCAGCCACGAGCCUGUGUCUGAAGCUGCUCCGAGGAGGCUCAUGGGGAAAACAGAAAGUGUGGCGUGGAUCGUCAGGAUGACACACUUCCUAGAGGGGAAAGCGCGUUUCCUGGUUUCUCUGCAGCCUGGUGGGCGCUGUGCCCGCUGCCCGGCUGCUGCUCUGACCACAUUGGCCAGAGGACCUUCUGCACUGUGCGACUCCUUGCUGGUGGCUGGCUGCCCCGCACAGAAGUGCAUGCAUUCUGUCUUCCAGGCGUACGUGUGCAAGACGGGCUGCAGCACCUUCUCCUGCAGACUCGCAGGACACUUAGACACGGUCACCGCUCUGGCCUUAGGCCCGUCUGCCGCCCAGGUAUGGCCCCGGCUCAGGGAGCCUGACGCAGAGCUUCUGUCUCCGCCACCCUGCGUGUUGGUGAGGUUUGAUGAUCUUUGAGGCUGCGGGCCAGCUCUCCAUGAGGGUCAGGGGUGGAGCUGAGAAAUGAGCCCUCCCGGGGACAGGGAACCAGAGCGUGUCCUGCAAUGGCAGCAUCAUUGCUCGGCCGGUGCACAUCUGCUGGACUGCCCCGCAGGAGAGCGAGGGGCGCCCAUGGGGUCUGCUACACAGCAUGCCUUCCACUUGUGCUGAGUGUUGGAGGAACGGGUUAGCGAGGCUGUGAUGUCGCAGUGCCCCUGGGCGUCACUCGGCCUCCUUGUCUCCACCUGGUGCACCCCGACCCUGACCGGCGCGUCGGUCCUCUGCUGCGGGGCUCACGGGUCGGUGUUUCCUCCCACUUGUGCUGAGCUGUGUGCUCUACGUCCCUUGUCCCCGGAUGAGGUCACACUGCGUGGACCGCAGUGUGCCUGCCUUUCUUAAUCUCUAGUAUGUGCUGCUGUUAGCUAGCUUAAAUCUUUUUAGUGUGUUUCUUGAAAUUGUCGCGUUCCUCUUUGGAGCCUUGACUGACACACAGGCAGUAGCGCUGAAGCGUGGUCGUGACCGACAGCCGGAGAGGAGAGCCAGCUUAGGAGGCCAGGCAGGUGCGUGCGGGGCGCUUGGGUGCCAGACGUGCAGGUCAAACACUGAAAAUUCAGUACCGACUUCAAGGUAUCUUUUAUCAGAGCUGAACUGAGGAACGUUUUCAGUACUUGAAAAUUUUCAGUUAGAGAAAGUGUAUAGGUCUCCCUGCUGUUGCGGUUCCCUUAGUGAAUAAAGGGGGGCCGAGUCGGGGAGGGAGGCCGGGGAGCGGGCGGCCUGGGCGGAGUCCUGACGACCUCCCGCAGCCCCUCACCCCGGAGGCCGAGAAGCCGCUCAGGCCUGAACGAGCGCUGCUGCUCCCGGCUGUUCUGUGAAACUUGGCAGUUUUAGGGACGAUGAUCAGAGAACCUAGUGCUAACUGUCUCUGUAACUAGGGAUUUCUAACAAAAAGCCCCAUUCUCCCAGAGCUCUGUGCUCAGUCUGGUCGCAUCAGCAGGGUCCCCGUGGAGCAGCAGCAUGCCUUCAGCGGCAGGCGCGCCGUGCGGCUGGGGCCUUGCUUCCUGGUGCCGUUUCCUGAUCUUAGGGGAGCCCAGCAUCCUCGUACUUCCCUUGUAGAGCAGAGGGCUCUGCCUUGUGGAAUCUCUGUGCACCUGCCUGACACUAACGGUUAAAAUUGUGCCCAUAGAGUGAAAUACCAGACUCAAGCUUUGGUUUUAAAACAUCUGUUAAAUCAUCCGUCCAACAAUGAUUUGACAUUUCUGCUUGUAGAAGACGGCCCCUCUGAGUUAAUCCAGGUGUAUUAACGUCUCAGACGCACGUUCAAGCACAGGGGACCGAGGGGGUGGUUCACGUUCCACGGUGAGGUUUCUGCAUCUUGGGUUGAUGAUGAUGAUACCUCCCAGGAGGGCAGGACGGUAAAGACGUGCAAGGACUGGGUUUGCAGUGGCCAGAGGAGGCCAGUGAGUCAGGCCGCAGGUGUGGCACCCCGGGGGCAGUUACACUUAGCAGAUUCGCGGGUCUGGGACGUGGGUCUGGGACUCUGAGUCGGCAGAUUCAGUUUUACAGCCGCUGCCUCCCUCUCGCC